AUGGUGUAUCUUGUUUUACUCCACCUAGCAUUAAGUUUAUAUUAUGUUACCACAUUAGGUGAGACUUCUAGUAAUCUUGGAUUUGGUCUAAUUUUAUCUGACCAAGUCCUAGAGAAACAAAUAAAGCAAAUAUUUGAUGAUAAAAGUUUGUUAGAGGAAUUAUUUCCUAUGUUACAGAGAUCCUGUGUCAAAUCUGCUUUACAAAUAUUUCUACCACAGUGUUUAUUAGAGGGUAUAGAAACUGUAACUGAUUCAAUUAAAAUGGAAACUGCAGUCAGACUUUCUCUUUGUCAAUUCGAAGCAUCUGGUUUAGCGCAAAUCCCUGAAGAAUGUUCACAUACAGAAAGCACUGAAGAUAUGAUGGCUUGUAUGUUAGAAUUAGAAACAUCAAAUAAAUGGUGGACCACAUAUAAUGGCUAUUAUCAAAAUUUACCAAUGAUGUGUAUUACACAUGGUUCAAUGUUUCAAAGGGAGCAAAUAAUAAAAACGUUUAUGAACAUUACUAAAUUUGUUAAUCAGCUAAAUGAGAAUUGGGGGACUGUGUUCAAAACAAAUAUGGAUGAGGUUGAUAAAAUCAUCUCUUAUAAUUUAAAUAAUUUAACAGUUAAAUUUAAUCACACAUUAAAUCAAGUUGACAACUUUAAUGCAUCUAUGAACUUUAUACUACAAAAGAUGCAGACAAGUUUGUUAAAAAAUAAGGAUGAGGUUCAAUUGUAUAUAUCAAGAAAAGAUGAAGAAAUUAAAAAAUCAGUAAUGAUUCUCCAAAAAUUCAUUAAUCAACUUAAAAAUGAUGUUGUAGAUGAAAACUUUUUGCUUGACUUGGAAAAUCGAAGACGUGGAGAAUUGAGCCUUUGGAAUGAAAUGGAGACAGCUUUACAAGCUGAGAGAGAUUUUAGACUAAAAGAACAAGAAAAUAUUAAUAUUUACCUUGAUAAUUUAAAAACCAGUAUUAUAAAUUUAAAUGAUAAUAUGGAGAGUUUAAAUCAAUUUCAAAUCAAAAAUUUAGAGAAUCAUGUUCGAACAGAGCUAGCAAAUAUUAGUAAUCAAAUAAUUAACGAAUGGUUAUCACUGACCAAAAUUCUUAAUAAAGAUAUACAGUAUUGGAAUGAAUUAAUUAAGGAUAAUUUCAAAAUGAUAUCUAACAAAUUAGAAAUAACCAUUGAAAAGAUAGAUUUCGUGGAGAAUAAAAUUUGCAAAAUAGUGAAAGUUUUCCUUAAAAUAUAUACAGUGUUUGAAUGUUGUUUCAAAGUCGUAUUUACAAUUUUCAACAAUUGUAGAGGUUUUACUAUUUUUGUCGUUUUUUUACCACUGCUUAAAAUACUAAGGUUAAAAAUUUCAAUUUUGAAAAUAAAUAGGUUUAUAGUUAUUCUGUUUGGAAUUCUAUUAGGGAAUCAACUUGGAUAUAAAUUAAGUGGCAUAAGUUCUAUAUAUAGAUUCACCAUGAUAAAUAAUCCAAAUUAA